AGCAGAGCUGUCUGGGAAGAAAUGGUGAAUGCUUGUUGGUGUGGUCUUCUGGCUGCUUUAUCCCUCCUGCUUGAUGCAAGCACCGAUGAAGCUGCCACUGAAAAUAUUCUAAAAGCAGAAUUGACCAUGGCCGCGCUUUGUGGAAGACUGGGUCUUGUAACAUCAAGAGAUGCCUUUAUCACUGCCAUUUGCAAAGGAUCGUUGCCUCCUCACUAUGCCCUUACUGUAUUAAACAGCACAACUGCAGCUCUGUCCAGCAAGUCUUAUUCCAUUCAGGGACAGAAUGUUCAAAUGAUCAGUCCCUCAAGCGAGUCUCAUCAGCAAGUUGUAGCAGUAGGGCAACCCUUAGCUCUUCAGCCACAGGGAACAGUAAUGCUGACUUCGAAAAAUAUCCAGUGUAUGAGGACAUUACUCAACUUAGCUCAUUGCCACGGAGCCGUUCUUGGUACAUCAUGGCAACUUGUCCUGGCUACUCUUCAGCAUCUUGUGUGGAUUCUGGGACUGAAGCCUGGUGUUGGGGGUGCAUUAAAACCUGGAAGAGCUGUAGAAGGGCCCAGCACGGUUCUGACGACAGCAGUUAUGACUGAUCUGCCAGUUAUAUCCAACAUACUUUCAAGGCUUUUUGAAAGCUCACAGUACCUUGACGAUGUGUCUUUACAUCACUUAAUAAAUGCCCUUUGCUCCUUGUCUUUGGAAGCCAUGGAUAUGGCCUAUGGAAACAAUAAGGAGCCAUCGCUUUUUGCUGUUGCUAAAUUACUGGAAACAGGACUAGUUAACAUGCACAGGAUUGAGAUUCUUUGGAGACCUCUGACUGGUCAUCUUCUGGAGGUCUGUCAGCAUCCAAACUCCAGAAUGAGAGAAUGGGGAGCAGAAGCCUUAACUUCUCUUAUUAAAGCCGGACUGACAUUCAGCCAUGACCCUCCUUUAUCUCAAAAUCAGAGACUGCAGUUGCUUUUAUUGAAUCCACUAAAGGAACUGUCAAACAUUAGUCAUCCUGAUAUCAGGAUCAAGCAGUUGGAGUGUGUACUACAGAUUUUGCAAAGUCAGGGUGACAGCUUAGGACCUGGUUGGCCAUUGGUGCUUGGAGUCAUGGGGGCAAUCCGAAGUGAUCAGGGAGAGUCCUUAAUACGGACUGCAUUCCAGUGUCUUCAGUUGGUUGUGACAGACUUUCUUCCGACAAUGCCAUGUACUUGUCUACAGAUAGUUGUUGAAGUUGCAGGAAGCUUUGGACUUCACAAUCAAGAGCUAAAUAUUAGCUUAACUUCAAUUGGUUUGUUGUGGAAUAUUUCAGAUUAUUUUUUCCAAAGAGGUGAAAUAAUUGAAAAGGAACUAAACAAAGAAGAAGCAGUGUUGCAGAAACAGGCAGAAGAAAAGGGAGUGAUGCUGAAUAGACCUUUUCACCCUGCACCACCAUUUGACUGUCUUUGGUUAUGCCUGUAUGCCAAACUUGGAGAACUGUGUGUGGAUCCCCGACCUGCAGUUAGAAAGAGUGCUGGGCAGACGUUGUUUUCUACUAUUGGUGCUCAUGGAACGUUAUUGCAACAUUCAACGUGGCACACAGUAAUAUGGAAGGUUUUAUUUCACCUGUUGGAUAGGGUUCGAGAAUCUUCUACUACAGCUGACAAAGAGAAGAUUGAAUCAGGAGGAGGCAACAUUCUCAUCCAUCAUUCAAGGGAUACAGCUGAGAAACAGUGGGCUGAGACAUGGGUAUUAACACUGGCUGGAGUUGCAAGAAUUUUUAACACCAGAAGAUACUUACUGCAGCCUUUAGGAGACUUUUCCCAAGCCUGGGAUGUUCUUCUCGAUCACAUCCAAUCAGCAGCACUCAGCAAAAAUAAUGAAGUUUCCUUGGCUGCUCUGAAAAGCUUCCAGGAGAUCUUACAAAUUGUUUCUCCUGUCCGAGACUCAGAGAAGCCUGACACACCACCGGCUAUCAAUGUUUCUGUACCUGUGGUGGUAGGGACAACAACUGCUAGGAAAAACACCGCCACUAGCCUUGGCAGGUCAUUCAUGAGAACUGACUCCAUUGGAGAAAGGAUAGGAAGAUACAAUGGAUCUGAACCACCUGUAAUAACAGAUGAGAUUGAAGAUUUGAAUCUUUGGUGGGCGGCCUGGAACAGCUGGUACAGGAUUGGUUCAGAAAGUACAAGGCCUCCGAUUACUUGUGAUAAAUUGACUUUCAUUCCCAGCCAGCCUUUUCUUACAGCUUUAAUUCAAAUAUUCCCGGCUCUUUACCAGCACAUCAAAACUGGUUUCAGCAUGGAUGAUCUCCAAAAGCUGGGUGUCAUUUUGCACGGUGCUGUUUCAGUUCCAAUCAGUUCUGAUGCUUCCCCUUUCAUCCUUCCAUCUUACACUGAAGCAGUUUUGACAAGUUUACAGGAAGCGGUUCUUACAGCUUUAGAUGUUUUACAAAAGGCUAUAUGUGUGGGCUCAGAAAGUAUGCAGAUAAUGUAUCCUGCAAUCUUUGACCAGUUGUUGGCCUUUGUAGAAUUUUCCUGCAAGCCUCCACAAUAUGGACAGCUGGAAACAAAGCACAUUGCAAAUGCAAAGUAUAAUCAGAUACAACUAUUUGCACCGGCGGAAUGGGUAGCAUUGAAUUAUGUACCAUUUGCUGAGAGAUCAUUGGAAGUUGUUGUGGACUUAUACCAAAAGACAGCUUGCCAUAAAGCUGUGGUAACAGAGAAAGUUCUUCAGAACAUUAUUAAGACACUAAGAAUACCUCUUAGUCUGAAAUAUUCCUGUCCUUCUGAAAGCACAUGGAAGCUAGCUGUUUCCUCUCUUCUCAAAGUUCUCUCUAUUGGACUACCUGUUGCAAGGCAGCAUGCAUCUUUAGGAAAAUUUGACAGUAUGUGGCCAGAGCUAGCGAAUACUUUUGAAGACUUUUUAUUCACCAAAAGUACACCUCCUGAUAACCUCUCAAUUCAAGAAUUUCAGAAGAAUGAGAGUAUUGAUGUUGAGGUGGUGCAGCUUAUCAGCACAGAGAUACUGCCAUAUGCUAAUUUUAUUCCUAAGGAAUUUGUUGGUCAAAUAAUGACUAUGCUCAAUAAAGGCUCGAUACAUUCUCAGUCAUCCUCUUUUACAGAAGCCGAAAUAGAUAUUCGAAUGAGAGAGGAGUUUUCUAAGGUGUGUUUUGAAACACUGCUCCAGUUUUCCUUCAGUAAUAAAGUCACAACUCCUCAGGAAGGCUACAUCUCUAGAAUGGCACUUUCUGUGCUCUUGAAAAGGUCACAGGAUGUGUUGCAUCGCUACAUAGAAGAUGAGAGAUUGAGUGGCAAAUGUCCUCUUCCACGGCAACAAGUAACAGAAAUCAUAUUUGUUUUAAAAGCUGUCAGUACUCUCAUAGAUUCACUUAAAAAAACGCAACCUGAAAACGUUGAUGCUAACACAUGGGCACAGGUUAUUGCCUUGUACCCGACUUUAGUAGAAUGUAUCACCUGCUCGUCCUCAGAAGUGUGCUCUGCUCUGAAAGAGGCACUGGUUCCCUUUAAGGACUUCAUGCAUCCACCAGCAUCCAAGGUACAGAAUGGAGAGUCUUGACCACAUAAAACUUUUUUUUUUUAAUUCUUGAAGGAAAAAAAAAAGUAUCCAAAAAUGUUUGUUCCCGGGUGAAGUUUCUCUGAGGAAAUCUCUUGUGACUAGUUCUUUGGCAACCAGUGCUGACUGCCUUUUAACUGCACUAACGAGAGCUCAGUAAUUCAUGAGUACAGGCUAUAUCUCAAAGGUUCCAGAGCGAGUAGCAGUGCAAACCUUUAAUAAAUUUAACUGAAUAGUUGGAAUCAUUUAUAAUCUAAUGUACUUGCUACAGUAUCUUGAAGUGGUGAUUGAAAAGUGGGCUUAUGUACAGCUUGUUGUGUAUGUGUUAAUGAUGUAAUUAAAAAUAUUUCAAUUCAGUCAGAUUUAUUAGGCUGGUGUUUUGCACCCUUUUUUUGAAGUACGAAUUGUACUAAAAUUUUAUGCAAGAUGGUACUGUAACAUUCCAUAUAUCUGUAACCAGCCUUUGUAAACAAAGGGAACUGAUAUACUUGUGUGUAUAAUAAAUGGUACAGUUCUGUAUAAAAUAGUUGCAUUUAUUAUUUAAAUUCUUUUUAAAAUAUUGAUAAUGUUAAAUGCUUGAAAAUGUAUUUAUUAUAAGUUGUAUGCUUGCAUUUUUACUUACAGUUUGCCUUCUAAAUUGCCAGAUAUGCUCAUUCAUAUCUGAUCAUGUUAGUUUUUGCUUAAUUGAAUGUAUCUUCUCUGUGGCCAUUGGACAUAGAGCUGAAAGUUAGCUAACUACAGACAUAGAGCCCAACGUGCUGAACUCAGACUUCAUAGUUGACCUGAAAUAAGUUUGAAUAUGCAGAAAUCCACUGUAGCACUUCAACACUACCAUACCUCACUUCAUAAUGUAUUUGUUUCAAGAUGUUUUUUCUACUGAAGUCUUACCCAUUUUUGUAGUUGCAGCCUUGGUUUAAAACAAAUACAUAUUUGAGGGUUGUUGGCCUUUUUUUGACCUUCUUGGUAGAAUCACAGUCUUUGAAUCAUGACCCAAGAAAGGCGAUUUCAAAUAUCUGAAAUACUUGGCUGUAAUAUUUUGUUCAGUAAUUUUAAGUGCUUUGUUUUGUAAUGUCUUUUCGACCCCCAGAAAUUGUUCUAAUCUUUUAAUUAUAAACUGUGUCUGAUAUAAAACCAUGAGAAGUGUAUUUUUGAAGAUAGCUACUCAUUUAGAAGUGCAGUAAAAUUUGUCAUUAAGUAAACUUGAAUUUGUUUCACUGUCACAUAAUACACAAUCAAAGCAAAGUACUUUUAAUAGUAUUGGUUUUGAAGUAUGACUUAGCAUUUAAAGUCUUACUUCAUUAUUAUUUCAAUAAUGUUUCACCUGUAUUCACAUAUUUUUAACCUGUGAUGUGAAAGCACAAAGGCCAAA